AUGCAUUCAAAUUCUAGCAUAGUUAUCAGCAAACAAAUAUUAGCAGAUACAGUUUUUAGUGAAAGAUUAGAGAAACACAAAUCUACCAUGGAAAAACAAGCUUAUAUAACAGGAAUAUGUAUCGGAAGAUCUCUUAAACCAGGUUGCUAUUUGGUCAGCUUUGAUGCAUGUCCUGAAGAGCGUUUCAUUAUCCAACAUAAAUAUGUAUCUGAAAAAGAAUACACAUUAGACAAAGAGAAAACCAUACCAGCCGACAAAUUGUUUUGGAAAAGUAUUCAGUAUCCUCAAAAUUAUAUGACUUGGGCAAACACAAAACCAGGUCGAGUCUGCAUAUACAACUACCCUGAUACUCCUCGUCAAGUAUUUACUCAAAAUACACUUGUUAUAUCAGAAAAAGACAGAAAACCUUUAUCUUUUCAAUUUUUAAACCUGCUUCCAGGAGACUACAUCCGCAAUACUAUAAUACCUACUACUAAUAUGCGCCUAAAAAAGCUCAAUGAAUUUCUGCCGUUGCUUGAUUACGGGGAAUUUCUUAUAUGGAUAUCAGUACUUAUGAUAAGAAUGGACCAUAUGUACGAGGAAAUCGAAGACUUUUGGCAUUAUCUGAGCAAAGCUAUGCGUCCUAGAGAUAUAAAUAUGUACAUGACACUAGACAGAUUCUUUACCUUAACAUCAGAAAUAGCUUUAGCAGACAUAUCAAUUUGCUCUGUUGAGGCUAGUGUUGAAAAAUUUGAAAAGGCUUUUAAUGAAAAACUUGCCACAAAGAUUAUUCCUGAGAAGUACUUGGUUUUAUACAGUAGAAAAUUAUCAAUCAGCAAGCAUAACAAUGAGGUGACGACAUUAAUCGACGAAGCCACCUCAAGUAUAAUUCAGGUUAAUAUUAAGACACGCAAGAAGGUCCAAUAUUAUACAAAGGCAUUUAUCAAAAGAAAAAUCAACGAUUUUAAAGAGAUAACCAAGCCGUGGCAUCAUACAAAAAGAACAAUCGUUUCAAAUUGUUUUCAUGGGACACCGCAUAUCCCGGUUUCUUUGGAAAAGUGUGGUCUAUUCACUAUUUUACAAAUAUAUCAGCCUGGAUCAGAGUACAAGAAAAUGCCAGAAUACAAAUAUAUUAAGAAUCUCCUCGAAAAAGACAGUGAGGAUGUUGCCUUGAUAUCAGAAAAUCCGUAUUGGUAUAUUGCACCGCACAAUGCUGCCGAAGACCAGCUUAUCAUAUCAAACUGUGGAAUAACAACAAAAUACAUUGCCGAUAAUCAGACGGGAAAGGAUUUACCUAAACAAACUAAAUAUCAAGACACAGUAUUCCAAGAAUAUGACUCUAUUAAAGAUAUAGAGCCACGCAUUAAAGAAAUCACCGAAAGAUUCGAAAACACAAGUUUUCUAAGCUUAAAUAUAUUUGCAAGAUAUAUAGCAUUUUUUCUUGAAAUCACAUUUCACAACCUAUGUUGUUUGCGAGCUGCUCAAUCUAAUGAACCAAUAUCUUUAUAUAAGAGCCUACGUUUGGAAAUAGCAACAGCAUUACAAGACAAUGUAUACGACCUUAAGCAAACCCUUGCUAAUGUCAGUUCUUAUGAUAAAGCAUUUUUGGAAAUAUCUAAUAUUUUGAAAAUAGAUAACCUCGAUGAGGGAUUUAACUACUUUAAAACAGGGUACAGACAAGAAUUCAUAGAGACACUUGUUGAGGUCGCCGGUAUUCAACUCAAAGCACGUGAAAUCGAGAAACAAGUAUAA